GCCCGUGACGUGUUUUCAGUUUAAAUUAUAAACUAAUCACCUCAUUGUUGCUAAAAGCUUUUGAUGUGCGCGCGGAUGGAAUUAUAAGUGGUGCCGGUAAUGGGGAUAACGUAACUGAAGUCAGCGCAAAAGAUGAGAUGUGGAGUUCAGUGGACGGCAGCGGGAGCGCCGGCGCCGCGCCGUGCGCGCGCGGCAAGCAUUCUGCCACGUUGCUCGGAGGCCACGUUUACGUGCUUGAUGGAAGGGGUGGAGGGGGCUCUGUACCGUUAAGGGACUUUUGGAGAUACUGCUUAGCCACGGGAGAAUGGGAGCGUCUAGCGUGCCGCGGCGAACCGCCGCCAUCUUUACAGGAACACUCUUGUACCGCACACGGGAACAAACUUUAUGUUUUCGGUGGCGAAGCUGGUUCGCUCGGUGAUACGCCACUCUGGGUGUAUGAUACUGAGCUUGGCUCGUGGCGAAAGCUGCCUGGCCAGCCUGCACCACCCGGGCGACGCGGACCGCGAGCCCGUGGCGGCGGAGCCGGCCCUCGAGGACGACGUGGGCAUACCGCGCAUGCUCUAAAGGAUUGCCUGCUGGUCUUUGGAGGUUAUAAGGAUUUGAGAGGGUCCACGAAUGAGCUGUGGGCUUUUCAUUAUGAAUCGGAAUCCUGGCACCAAGUACGAACAGCCAAUGCGGGCCCGGCUCGGCACCGGCAUGCGGCUGCCCUGCAUGAUGCAAGGCUCUACGUGCAUGGAGGACAGAGCGAUUUGAGAGCUUGUGCUGAUUUGUGGCACUAUGACACUAUGUCCCGAGUGUGGACAGCAGUGCGGCCCUUGCGCGGCGCCCGCGGCUGGCCGGGCGCGCGCGUCGGCCACGCGGGGCUGCGCGCCGGGGCUCAUCUCUACAUCUUCGGAGGGGAAGCCGACGGACAUGCUUGUAAUGAGCUGUGGAGGUUUCACUUUGCGACGGAGACAUGGGAGCGCAUCGUCCAGAGCGUAAACUGGCCCUCGCCUCGCGUAGACUGCUGCGCACUCCUCGUCCCUGGCGCCCCGCGGCGCGCCCGCCCCGCCCCCGCCCCCACCCCCACCCCCGUCGCCGUCCGACCCGACCCCCCCGCAAGUCUUCUCAAGGAACUUUCCCGACUAUCUUCCAUACAUAUGAGACGAGCCGCCCGCUGCAGCUAUUCCGCCCUAGGCCAAGAUUCCACGGAAAGUUUAGCUAACUCCCAGCUAUCGAAAUCCCACUCCUCGUACGUCAUAGAACGCUCGAGCGACGCCGGCCCUAAAGAAGCUGAUGAGGCCGAACGCUUCCGUUCCGACAUCUCCCGGGAACCUAUCUCGGUCCCAGAUUUCGCUGACAUGGUUCUCCCGACCCCGGUCUUAUCCCCGAUCGAGGCAGCUAAGCUAGUCUAUCUGGACUCCGAUGAAGAGGAGGAUAUGAAGCGGGAAAUCGAGAGUAUGCGCAAGAAAGAUGACGUGCAAAUGCGACGACUCGAUACGCCGAAAGUCGUGGCGAUUCCGAAGUCUGCAUCGGUCAGGUUCAGUAAAGACGUGACUACUACAGAAGAGGAGGAAGGUGAAUUGUCGACGUCGGAUUACGCUAGUGCUGAACGCGUGAAUAGGCUCUCAGGGGCAUCGCUUGGAUUUUGUAAUCCUCACUAUUUAGGUCCUGAUGUUCGAGCGUUAGCAGCAUUGACACCAGACUCGGGAGUAGGCGCGGGGGAUAUUGAGCUGCACGAUUUAGGGGAACGUCGUGCGCGGAGCGCUCAACGCAAUGGUGGAGAUUCCCAACUACAUUUACUACUGGUUGGGGGUCGAGAACCCCCCCACGUAGCUCGACUCCAAAGCCCGUUGUCCCUUUGGACGUACAGGCUGUUGUAGAUUCGUCCGUUCUUUGUCGUUCUAGACUUAAAUAUAUUUUUCUCGUAUAUAUAUAAGUGAAGUUUUUGAGAUGUAUCGAGGUGCAUGAAGCAUUGGAGUUGCUGUCCACUGCUGCGUCAUUAUUGAUACUAACUUAAUAAUAGGUAUUUUAAAAUAUAAGAUGAACUCCGGUUUCAUGGUUUCCAAAAAAACUAAAGCCAUUUUACCUAGCCGUCAAAAAGCAACUCCUGUGCAAAAGCACUGUAAUAUAGGUACUUCUAGCGACUCCAAAGCGUAAAACGCGUUUUCCUUGACGUACUGUUCCAUGUCCAGACUAUUAACUGUCAAAGGUGAAAGGUAUUUGAAUGCGUUUUACGCUCUUGAGUACCUACUUCUAGCGGCACUAUUAAGCCUCGUAGGAUAACUUAGGGAUCUGUAACGUCCAUUCUCCUAUCGAUUAAUUACACUCAAGAAGCUUAUAUUAACACUGGAGUUUUCACGAAAACGUAAAGUGA